AAGAUAUCAUCGUGCCCUUGUGUCAUUCAGGCUCGGCUUGAUGAAAAGGUGUGUUGUCACAAUACAAAACUCCUGUCAAUGAAAAACAUACAUAUACCACUGACCAACUGAUCAGCAUCUUACAACAUCAAAAUGACUGACCAAAACACCAACACUAAAUGUGACCACCAGUAAAACAACGGAAACUGCAGAGAGAACUGUAAAAUCAAGAAAACUACUACAGUCGACUCUCUCUUAACGGACACCUCUAUAAGACGGACACCUCUGUAAAACGGACACUUAGAGUUGGUCCCUGCCUUUCUUUACUCCCUUUAUCUGACUCUCUAUAAGAUGGACACCUCUCUAAGACGGAUACUUAGUGCCGGUUCCAAAGGUGUCCGUCUUAGAGAGAGUUGACUGUACCACUAGUGUUGUUGUUUCCGACUAUAUUUUGGCAUUGAAACGGUUUUUUGUCGUUUGUUGGUCAAGAUGGAUGGCAAGGGUGAACAUGAGAGGAUGCGAAAAGUGUUUUCUUUAUGUUAAAUCGAUCAUCGAAAUGCUAAAAUAGCAAUGCUCAGUGCUCUCAGGACAAGUGCACUUUGUUGCAUUAAUCGCGAUCUCAACUUGCGUUUCUUUCGACCACGCACAAGGAAAAAGACCGGCGCAAAAGGAAUCCAAAUCAAGCAUGUUCGUAUUAUUUUGCUGGUGUAGGCCGAUCGUCUUGAGGCAACCGUAGAAAUAUGCAAUGUGGUACAAAGCAGUUUAACUGAAGUCUUUGUGUGGCAACUAAUAAAUUCCAAUGGAGCCUCUUUAGCAGUUCUGUGCCUUAAAAAGUCUGAAAGCCAACAAGCUCUCCGUGUCUUGCUAGGAAUCACCAUCGAUUCCUAUAGCGAUAGAUUUAAUGUGUUUUAGUACUAAUUAAAAGUAAUUUACUUCGACGGUCGAAGUGUGCCUGGGUAUUUAGAAAGCUUACUGACGCGUUUGCCUUAGUAAGGAAAGUAUUCAUGACCAACAGAUCUUAUGAAUAGUAAAAUAAAUAUGUUUGGCCGAUUUGAACUGGUUAAAACACUUCUCAAGAAGUUAAGAAGCAUUUACUCACCUUCAUUCAAAAGUCGUUCUGUCCGUAGUUUCUUACGCUACAGAAUGAGUACUAAAUCAAAUUGUCUGAGGGUGUUAAGAUACUUCCCUUAAUCUUUAAAAGGUAGCCGGGGGAGGAGCUUACUGACUUGCCGGUAACUACUUUAUCCUCUCUAGUUGUAAAAAGCCUGCUUUUUGUUCAAACAUUAAGCCCUUUAAGUCGCAGAUCCUUUGUGAAGAGGAAUUAUAAGUUUCAUUGGCAGUUUCAAUGCAAUCGAGAUCGGAUUUCUUUUCUUCUUGGCAAACACAGAGAGCACUUUACUUACAGAACUUAAGGAACGUACAAAGGGAAUCACAAAGUGCUGGAUUGUGAAAGUCAAUUGAGAUAUGCCCAUCGUGACUGAACUGAUGAAUCUACAAAUUGCUUGCUACUGUGCACUUUCGGCCAUAUCGCGGAUUAACACGAAUACAAUUAACAUUGUGUAUGGAAGAACAAAACAGCCAACUUCAAUAAGCUUUUUGCCUUGAAAUCAGUACUACAACGCUGUUACAUAUAAGUGUAUGGUAAUUUUAUGGUUUAAAUUUUAGCAGAAACUCAUAAGGGGCUUCUGAUUUUAGUCAUUCAAAGUAAUGGCCGUGAUACAUAGAUGGUUUCACAAAAGCAGAAUUCCUUUACUUAUAAUGGGCUUGUUGUUAAUAAGUAAGUAGAAAAAAAAGAUGUACUCAAGGCUCACCUAGACUUUUACUCUGGGUCUACUAGACAGGCUUUUACGGGCUUCAUUUCCUGAUGAAUCGCACAUUCAAUCAGGCGGAUUAUUGACCUUCAUUCUUAAUAUUGCUGAAAAACAUCAAAGAAGAUGCCGUUGCUAUCUAUCAAAGUUCUUGAUAUCUUUAGUAACUUUCCUGCAAACUUAACUGAACUUUGACUUUUCUUUGCCCAUCCUUGUCUGGAGUAUUGAACCGUUGUUUGAGGCACUAAUUAUCAAAAUUCCUUGAAUAGACUUGUUGCAAAAACGUAUUUUAAAAAAGAGAAAUCUCUAAAUCCCAUUUGAUUACGGACAGUUUGCUUCGUCCCAGAGGAAACUAUCGCUUACAUUUUCUCUAAAUUCAACCCACUUAAUACGGACACCUCGUUAAUACGGGCACUUUGUAUGGCUCCCUCAGUGUCCGUAUUAACGGGGUUUCGGCUGUAGUUCCUUUUCAUUACUAAGGGACUGUGCAAUAAUUAUCAGGAGGGGGGGGGGGGGCUGAAAAACUAGAGUUAUCUAGCAAAAAAUUAGACAGUACCCCCCUCCAAAACAAAGAAAAUUAGCUCUAACCCCCCUCUGUUAUGUUGAAAAUAACGUCGCACCCCCCCUCCCCCUCCCACCACCCAGCCAGCCUCUUCUCUGAAAACACUGGUAAACUCAAAACUGGACUGAGCUGCCAUCACAGCUUCAAUAAUGACAAACGUUAUAAUGUAACAUCUAGUAUCGAGAAGGAUGUUGAUCGCUUGAUUGAGGAUUUAGACAAAGCAUUUGCUAAGUACCGGGGUGCUUACCACAUUGGCUCAAAAUCUAAAACUUCUGAAGCAAGAAAGAGAAAGAAGCAGAGAAAAAAAAUCAAAGAACAGGAGAUUGAACGCUUCAAAUAACAUACGAAAAAGAGCUUGCAUUAUAUUUAGAUCCUUGGGAGGAGAGCCUGUUGAACUUUGUUAUGAGCCAGAUAUGUAUGGAAUUCAGCAAAUCGAUUCAGUCGAUGAAGAAACAUUACUUUUAUUCACAUCAAAAACCGACAAAGCUUGUCAACGAGAUCUGUUUGAUUCCCAUUUUUCUAAUGGGGAAAGCUGAAAAACAAGUUCAUGAUUUUUGCUUUACAUAGGAUCAGCUCAAUUAAUUAGGAGACAGGUUAAAAUUGAUCAGUUGUGAAUUUGCUUUUCAUUUUGAUGGAAUAUUUUUAAUAAUCGUUCAACAGCUGUUCGUAUUGAUAUUUGUUACAGUCUAUCAUGGUGCUUGUAUUGAGAAUCUUUUAUUGCGUUUAAUUUUAUUUACAUUUCGAAUAAAACUUAAGGGCCCCCCUCCGUCAAAUGAGUGAUUUUACUUUGAGCACCCCCUAUCUUGGCAGCAAUUUUAUGUAAUGCCCCCCCUCUAGUUUUUCAGCCCCCCCCCUCCUGAUAAUUAUUACACAGUCCCUAAUAGUGGCGGGGAGGAGCCUUUUGUCCAAUCAUAAAGUCCUUUUGCACGUAAUCUUCUGUAAAGGGGAUUUUAAGGUACAUCAGUUUUAACAAUUACAAUUUCAUCGAGAUGGAACGACGAUUUUUAAGAACUUCUCCUACCAAUAAAAAGUUCGCGACUCAAAUCAGAAAGAUUAGUGAACUUUCACGUAUGUAAUUGUUACUUACGUAGUACCAACUAGUUUGAGAUAGGUUUUUUAUUUUCCCAUUUUCCUUAUUCUCGGUCCUGUUAUCAUGUUUAUAGUUUUAACAAUUAUCCCACAGCUUUUAGUCAUUUAAAUAAUUUUAUAUUGAUUUAAAUAAUUUUGUAUUUUUCUUUUAAAACUGGGCGCAUUAGGUAGAGCUACUUAUAGCUAGGAGCCUAACAAACUGCAGCUGUUCGAGUAUAAAUAAAGUAUGAGUAUGAGUAUGAGACGACGAGCAUCUCCGCCAUUUUCAUAUGGGAACACCCCUUCUGUUUGAACAUAUGCUGUCCGUGAAUUGUGACAAUUUCAUAAAAGGGUCAAGGCCAUUGCGAGUACUGCGGAUUGUGACAUUAAUAAUCCAACUGCAAAUAAAAAGACAACAAUGUGUUUAAUUACUGACAGUUAAAUCUCAAGUCAAUCUGUUGAAACCAAAUUCUCCUGCAAAUCAUAAUCAGGACAAGGUUCAUGUUUAGAAAUAGAGUUUUAGUGUCUGUACCCAGGGGCGUUUUGAGAUUUUCGCGGUAGUCGCAGAACAAGGAAAUAUGAGGAGUUUUGGCGUGCAGCAUUAAGGAUAUUAAGAAAGCUUCAGAUCCCUUGCGGCGUGACUACAGCAGAAAAUCCCGAGAAAUACUGGAUGUGACGUCAUUCCGUCCAACAAGAAUUUGGCGUGAAGCCGUUAUAUGUGUUUAACAAACAGUGGUUCGUUCAUUAAUGCAUUGUAUUGCUUCAAUUCAUAACUGACUUAUGUUUUGGGUAAUAACAGGUACGUCUUAGCAGUAGUUUAAUUAUACAAUUCAUUUCCCUUUCACUAACGAGGCAGAUUAAGAAUAGAAGUUAGCAUGUAAAUACAUGCAAAAUACUAACAAAAAAUUUAAAAGCAAUUUUGCAUCUUGUACAUACGGUAAAUACUCGCUAUUUUAAAACUGAUUCGACUUUUCAUUCCUUAUCGUGUGGACUGCCAAGAACAAACUGAAACAAUCUCAAGCGACUAAAGAAGUUGGAAAAGAAAAACACUAGUUAAAAAAGUAUGGUUUGGAACAAUUCUAGCCAGGUUAAUGAAACUUCACUUCAACAAAACAGGGAUGAUGGAAAUCUUGAGACUGCUUUAUAUAGAAGUAUAUUUGGCAGCAUCGCAGUUCUUGCUUUCGUGGCCAAUCUUCUGCUGUGCU